AUGUCGCUGCCUUGGCCGGAUCCCGGCUUCGUUGUAACGCGUAUUUCCAACUUGACUGAACGGGCCGUCACGGUGAAGCAAUUGAGGCAGCUGUCGCUUUUUCUGCAGCGGCUGUGCAAGGCCCUGCUGUUGAAGCACAGCUCUCAGCACUCCAAAGAGACUGGGUGCUAUGACGAAUACAUUACAUGGUUCGACAUCAACAUGUACGACAUCACAUCUGAGGUUAUCAAGAAGGUGAUCCCCUAUGUGAAUCCCAAAAUACAAGGAGCUCCCCAUGCUCAGAUGGCACAAGAAUGGUGCAGUUGGAGCGAGUUCGUAGCUCACAAGCCCCAGCCAGCGCGGCUCAUGAUCAGCCAUUGGUGGGGAGGCAGAUUCCGAGACUUCAUGCGUGUUAUUCAGGAGCUUUGCGUGGACGAAGCCCUUCCUGGGAGUACCCCGCUUUGGGUUUGCACUUUUGCAAAUAACCAGUGGGGUGAGGACUUCGGCGAUAGGUUGGCUAGCUGCCCAUUCUAUCGAACCGUGGCCGCUGCAGACCUCACAGUCCUGAUUGUGGAUCGGUCAGCUGGAUCGCUUGGCAGAGUGUGGUGUGGCCUGGAGCUCUAUCUGACAAUCCAGUCCCAGAAGCGUCUGCUGAUCUACACCCCGUCAGGAUUGGUGGGUCACUCCUCUGGGCGUGCCUCUUCCGGACCACUGAUCGAAGCCAUCAAGGCUUGGGACAUUCGCCAAACCAACGCUUCCGAGGAUGCAUACCGACGUCAAAUCCUGAACUACAUCGCCGGCAUCGACGAAUUUCAAGGCCUGCAGGUGGGGGCGGAUGGUCGCUUGCUGCGCGAUCAUGGCCGGCCGCUGCUGCACCAGGGAGACGAUGACCAUGAUGCACGCAGUGAGGGAGAAUACGAGCACGAAGCUUGCUUGUUCAAAGACCACUCCAAGGUCUUCGAGGAGUUAAAUAUGAUGGUGCGCGUCGAAGUCUACGCGACAGUUGGACGAAGUCAUCUUCUGCACGGCUGCCAUGUGCUGCGCAAGGAGCACAGAGGUGUGAAGCUGGGGCAAUGGCGUGCCUUCACGCGUCAGGCCGAGGCUGCCUGGUGCGAGCGGCGCUGGGUUGAUGUCGACACUCCUCCGCCGUGCUCGAGCUUUCAAGAUGCUGAAGUGCGUGUCAUCGAUAACUUCUUCAUCAAGCCGCGAGUCAGCGCCUCGAGGCGUUCCUACAUGGAAGUUAUUUCAGCUGGUCCGCAGCUGCCGAAGUAUUAUAUCAGUUUAUCACUGGGAACUCGAAUCAGCGAUGCUGCGGCCGCGAUCGACUGGUGGGCAGAGGCUCUUCAUUUGCCGGACUCGGCGGUGCUUUUUGUGGACUUCCUGUCAUCCAGACCCGAAGGAUCCAAGGAACCCGGAGAGCAAAGAGACAUCGAUUCGGCAGAGCACAUCAAGGGUGUCGCGUUCCCGGCGGCAGACGAGCUCUUGGAGUGCCAGGCAAUGCUGGGAGUUCUUGAUCAUGACGCUCCCGAGAUGGCAAGUGCGUGGCGGUUUCUGGAGUUCGAGUUUGCAUCGCGGAAUGGUUUGGACAUCUACUUGGCCUGCGCGACAGGAGCACUGGCAUGCAGCUGUCCAUUUGCGGAUGGCAGCUGGGUUUUCGGCAGGUUCGACGCGGACAUUGGGCGCAGCAUGCAAUAUGUUUCCAGCCGCAACUGCAGAGCGGAUGCAUGUGAGCUCCAAUCCAUCAAGGAGUACUUCGAAUCGCGAGGUCACGGGCAAGCGAUCUACGAUCAGAUCGAUCGACGCUUCCAGCGGUGGGGAGCAGGGCCAGUGCUCCGCGAAGCUGCGGAGUGUGAUGACGAUGAGGAGGUCAAAGCUAUUUGCAUGAAUCCAUCCCUUGUUAUCAACGGUUCCAGCUUGCAGGGUGCCCACAGUGAAACGGCGUUGCACAUUGCAGCUGCAGCUGGGUCCAUGGAAGCUAUGAGAGCACUGCUGAGACUGCAUGCAGACCCCAACGCACAAGACCAGUUGGGCGAGACACCCUUGCACUACGCAGCCCUCGCUGGGCAAAGUGCCGCCGCAUCCCUGCUCCUCGAAGCCAAGGCCAACAUUCUUUGCGAAAAUUCUCUUGCCCAGGAUCCCUUAUUCGUGGCCCAGCAGAACCCCGCUGGCUUUCUCGGCAUCUCAAUGAGCUCCUUUGCCGGCUUUCCGCUCGCGAGCUCUGCUGAAAAGCGCUCUGCCGAAAGGCGCUGCAAGUUGGUUGGAACCGCAUGA